AUGGGAGUAGUGAUUUCUAAUAAUCGCCAAAAUCUAGUUAGUCCACUAAUUAUUAUUUUACCAAUUACUUCUAUAAAAAAAGGAGAUAAAAUUUAUUCUUUUGAAGUGGAAACUUUUCUUAGUAAUCAGUCCGGCAAAAUCUUAAUCGACCAAAUUACUACUACUGAUAAAGUAAAAAGAGUGGGUAAAUUUGUCGGUAAGUUAGAUGAAAAAAUGUUAGUCAGAAUUGAACGAGCUAUUUUUUAUGUGUUGGCUAUUUCGACCGAAGCAUUGGCGGAAGAAUUAGAGGCAAGGAAGAAGAAAAUAAUUGUUUAG